AUGGCAGCUCAAGAAAAUCUCAUAGAACUAUCCAAUGAUAAAACUAUUCAGGCAGGAUUCAAUUCAAAUGCUCUUGGGAACUUCUGGAUGGUGAAAGUGUUUUUGUCUUUCACAUCAACAUACUUGGCAGCAAUCAAAACAAAACAUCCAGGCUUCCCGUUUCCACGUCCUGGCAGGAAGCAUACCUCUCCCCUAAAAUAUGCUGUAUCGGUAAAGUCUACUAACAAAUCAUCGUGUCCUAAACAAGACGUAUUUCAUGAAUCAGGACCGAUCUUGAUGCGACCAGCGUUGUCUCAGGUAUCGAUGGAUCGCUGUACUCAAAAAUGGACCCGACAGGUGCCGAACAAUGAUUUCCAGUGGAAUGUGUCCGGUGUUAAUAGUGUAAAUAGUGAACGUGAGUCAGACGUAUGGGUGGGUCUCAAUAACACAUCGUUGAGCACAGUGUUGAGUGAUGAAAGGCCAAACAAAAGCGUGAUGUUUCGUAGUAUAUCGACGUCAGCCUUGCUUGAGGUUGGCUCACAGCAUUCGCAGUUAGAACACGAUAACGAGUUUGGAUCUACAGAGCGUUUGUCGAGCUCACUAGAAGUUGGAAGUUCGUAUUUGCCAACCAAAACUGUCAGCUGCGAUAACAUAACAGACCAACUCAAUCCGCUAGACGGCGCGACUUACCAAUUGACUAAGGCUAAAUCACAGCUGGGCACAGUGUUUGAAGAGGAAGUUUAUCUCGACAACUUAUCACGACAGACCGGGGAAUUUGAAAGUAGCCAACCGCUCAAUCAUUUCUCUACAGCUGAGGAUAAUGCUAGCUUGGCAAGUUCAGUGCAGCACCGAUCUGACGAGUCAGGGUAUGAAAGUGAUGGUAUAAAAAAUAUUCACGACGAUUCUUCGACUGCCGAGAAAAAGCAACACGACUUUAAUAUGGGAACAGAUAUACCCACAUCAACUAGUAAAAGUUUAAUACGUAUCUUUAGGACAAGUGAAAGAAAUCGAUCUGAAUCAUCAAAAGAAAACUGCAUGUAUCCUCUACGUAAAACGUCAGAUGGUAAUCUCCAGAAAUUUGCUGCUAUACUUCAGAAAUUUAAAAGUCAGAGCUCCGUGUCAUCUAAUGUCACAAGCGUGGACCAGAUUAGGUCUCGAAGUACGAGCGAAAGCCGGGCCUCGUCCAAAUCUCAUGGAGACGUUAAAAGUUUACGGACAUCAGGUAUUCUGUCUCAAUUUGUCCUGAAAAGUAAAGAAAACACCAGUGUUUGUAAACCUGAAAGAAUAACAGACUCUACUCAUAAUGUGACGAAUUACACAGAAACAACUAAAAAUGCCACAAAGAAGGAACCAACACGUCUUGGACACUUUAAAGCAUGGACUUUGGAUCGUAAACUACUGAGAAACAGAUGGAAAAAGCAACAUAAUUCGGAAUCUGAUGACUAUCAGAAGAUCGAAAGUAUCUCUCCAAAACGAACUAGUAUAUUCAACUCAUCUUUGUUUCUGGACACAGCUCAAGAAAAACGUGACUAUUGUAAUUCAGCAAAUACUUCACAUAAGCUUGAACACAAGGGUAACGCAGAACAAGAAACAAGCAAAUCCAAUUUAUGUGGUGAUUUAAAUUAUCAACUAAGACAGAAAAAAGCUGGUCACAAAAUGGCUUCUUCCUCUAGCGACAUUAGGAAGGAGUGGUUACAGUCUCGUUUGUGCACUGAAUCAAAAUCGGAAGGGUCCGCGUCCAAAGGGUCAACACUGAGUUAUGAGGAAGGCCUUAGUUCGAAACCUGUUUCUUCAGACACCGACUUAAACUUACAGGGGAUUGGGAAUCAUAGAUACGGCGCUUCAGAAUCUUAUAUGAAAUACAAGACGCUUAGAGUUACUUUAGAGAAAGACGAGCAGGGAGAAUUAGGAAUUUAUAUUAGAAGAAGAAGGGAAGAUGAGAGAGAUGUUGCAGGUUAUGUCAUAGUGGCACUCGAGAAGGAUGGACCAGCGGACAGGAGUGGACAACUGGAGAAAGGAGACGAACUGUUGAUGAUUAAUGGAAAAAAAGUUCAAGGUGUGGACUUAGAAGCAGCACAACAGCUUCUUCAUACUUUCGAAACCAGCGUUAAUUUGGUAGUGGUACGGAAAGUGAACAAGGAAUCGCAUCUGAGUGAAACUUCUUUAGUGACAAAUACAAAUAACUACUCGGAGAAUACAAGCCAAAAAUUCGAUGUCAACUUGAGGGUGGACAAACAUUGUAGCCCAGAAUACAAACGAGAAAAUAGAAGGCAUCAUCUUUCUUUAGAAAAGACAAAAGAACCAGAGAACGUGCAACCUGAAAACAGUUUUGACUCCUUACCAAGAAGGCCUAAUUCUUCUCAGUUAUCUGUCUACACAAUGACUUUUGAAAAAGGCCCAGGAUGUAAGAGUCUUGGAUUUAGUAUUGUUGGAGGGAAAGAUUCACCUAAAGGAGAAAUGGGUAUAUACGUAAAGACAAUCUUUUCAACAGGACAAGCGGCAGAAAGUGGAAAGCUGAAGGAAGGAGAUGAAAUCUUAAUGAUUAACGGCCAGCCAUUACAAGGCAUGUCGCAUGCUGAAGCUAUUGUUACUUUUAAACAAAUUAAACAAGGUGAAGUUCUUCUUCAAGUUGGCAGAAGAACUGCUUCCCAAAAAGGUUUUCAUGAAUCAAAAUCAUGCAGCAAUCUUGAGAGCCUUCCCUAAUUUAAGCUCAGUUGUGCAACAAUCAGGACUACCUCUCCUCAACCAAACAGCAUAGUUCAACAAUCAGAACAGCCUUUCCUAUCCCAAAUCCAGUUAUACAACAGUUUGGACAAUCUGUUCUAACCUAUAUUCAGUAUUGUGAGUACUUGUUCUGUUGUUCCUAACCCAAAUAAAGUGAUGUAAAACUAUUAGGAUCUGUGUUAUCCUAAAGAGUAAUGCAACAAUCUGGAAAACCUUUUAUUUUCCAAGUUCAGUAAACAAGAAUCUGGACAGUGUUUCCAAACCCAAACCAAGUUAUGCAAUGAUCUAGACAGCCUUUUAUAACAUGAACCUAAUGAUGCAACAAUCUAGAAAUCUUUUUCUAAUCCAAGUAUAGACGUGCAAUAAACUAGAAAGAUUUUACCAACUCAAUCCAUGUGUUGCAUUAAUCAAGACAGCCUUCUGUAAUUAUACCUCUCUCGGUUAGCAAAUUGCAAAACUUUCCUAAACCUAAAUGCAAGUCAGCACAGAACUUUUUUUGUAUAAUGUCAAACAACCAUAAAUUUUAACAAUCUUUCUUACCAAACUAAAUCAACCAACAACUUGGAAAGAUUUUUCUAACCAAAGGCCAUGUAAGCACUAAUAGGUUCUCAAAACUCAACCCCCAUUCAAGCAGCAGUUGGGAAGUGUAUCGGACUAAAAUACGAGACUUUAACUACAAGGCAGAGUUGAUGAGGUCCAUUUCUAAAGUGAUAAUUUGUAAGUGUUGAGUGAAUAAUUUGUGUUUAAAACGAGACUUUUCUUUAUGAACAUUUGAAAGUUAUGAUUUUAUGAAGUACAAAAUUCAAUUUACAAGGAAUGUUUACCUAUAUAUGUAGUGUUUGUUGUAAAAAUGAGCUACUAACCAAAAUAGAAAUGGUUUAUUGUUGUGUAUAAAUUAACUUCUGAAGCCAUCAUUUGAUGAAUCAUCUUGAAAAAAUUUCUGUGAAAUAUGUGGUUCUAUUAAAUGAAUUGGAUUAAUUUUUUAUUGUGAAGUUUUUCUAAUUAUGCAAAUAGGUUGUGAAUAGGAGAGUGUAAAAAAAUCUACACUUUUUUACUGUGAAUAAAAUAAUUUCUCAUAGUUUUUAUUUGCUGAAUUCACAAAUUACUUUUUCUGAUAAACGAUUUAUAGACACAAGAAUAUCAUAGGAUAUAAUCUAUAUGAACUUGAUAUAAGCAGUCCUGUGUUACUUAAUCAACUUUCUAAUACAUGUUCACAAAUGUAAAGAUGACAUGCUUAAGUUUUUUAUAUCCACUGUAAUCCCCAGAUUUUAUUGAGAAAAUUAGUUGUUAUUAUAAUUGAAAGAAAUUAUAUUUCUAUAAUAUGAUAAUAAAUAAACUUUAAAAUCCCAAGAUGUUUUGUAUAUAAAA